GAAACAGUUGUAGUCAUUCUGUCAACAAACCUUCUCACUUCUUUCCAAGAGACACGUUUCACUUCUCCUUCUUGGUUGACCUUCUCUAUCAAUUCAGACACUUACUACGCUGAGCGCCAACUACCCAACUAUCUAUCUACAUGAACUUCUAGAUAUGGUCCUCGAUCCCCCUUACAAUUCUAUUGUCGAACAACCACCCGCAGACUUCACGACUACCAUCCAGUUUUUGUCGUUCAGCACUCAUUCACCCGGUGGCGCAGCGCCUAGUAUUACCGGCCCGCUCUCUCCGUUGACAUUCCAGAGCUUGAAUCCAUUGAGCAGCCCAACCAACGAGGUUUUGGAAGGUUCAACAUCGCCACAAGUCCUCACGGCAUCCGGUGCAAUGACUUCCCAGUCCAUUACCACCCCUUCGACAACUACGAGCACUGCAUCCACCCUCUUGUCCAGUUCAACGUCAUUCAGUUUGAGUUCGUCGUCUAUCACAAACUCCGAGUCGACGGUUACGGGUACUGAGUCAAGUUCUAGUACGCCCUCGUGGUCUUCUUUGACGGCAAACUCUGACAGUUAUUCUCCUGGUUCCUCUUCUAUAAUAUCCACUCAUCCACCCUCGUCAUCAUCCUCUACACCCACUAUGACAACCAUCGUGUCCUCUACGUCUACCUCAUCCCCUUUUGCUUCAUCUUCCACCACUUCUACCAUACCUCUUUCCUCUACUUCGUUAUCUUCAUCCUUACCGACCACGACAGCAUCUACUUUUGCAGUAGUCUCGACUUCCGCUCCCACAUUCACGUUCACGUCCUCGUCGUCAUCGCAUGUAACCCCAACAUUUAACUAUCCUUCGGUGUCCACUUCGGAAAGCGCGAUCAAUCCAACGUCCACCACGUUGAUUACUUCCACUAGUACUACCGAGGUCGAUGGAUACGUCCCUACGCCAGUCUCCACAUCAACGUUGAUUUUGACGUCCGUCUUGUCGGGUCAUGGCACCACCACCUGGACGACGACAACGAGCGGGGUGCUCAGCACUGCAGUAGUAGAUACCACAGGGAACGGGUUCUCUCGUUCUCCUGGUUCGAUUAUUGGUCUUACCCUCGGAGUCCUCGGAGCCAUCGCCUUCGCUGCUCUGUGGCUGUUCUGUGCUCGCCGCCGGCAGCGCAAGCUAUCUCGCGACGCGAAUGCUAUUCCUCCAUGGGCGCCUGGCGGCCCGCUAGAUGCUGAAGUAGAUAUGGAGGAACGUUACGCAGGAAUUCUCGCAGCGUUAAACGCGGGAAUGGGCGCAGGAAGGAACGCUAGAAUUGAAGGAGACACGAGUGGAGAAGUGUCAGGAGAAUUGGCAAUUGCGCGCGCUUCGUCUCCUACUCUGCCCCUCUAUUCGCAUCCAGCAGAGGAUAACGAUGGUCCGUAUGUCUUCCCGUUAUCACCGCCUCCUUCUGCGUACGCUCCUCCCCCACCGCCGUCCGCAUAUGUUCCACUUGCCUUAAAUAGUUCUCGGAGAAGAAGUUCGCCUGGUCCUGAUCCAUCUGCAUGGUUCGGGGGGUAUAGCGUCGCUCCUGCUCCUUCAGCUGCAUCGCAUCACUCUCAUUCCACUUCGAACUUCCUCACCAGAACUGAAACGGGAACGAGGACGAGAACUGGGAGCGAGGAACCGCUGUUGACGAGAGCCGGAAGCGGAUCUUCUUAUCUUGAUUAUGGCAACAAAGUUCGGCUCGGGUCAGCGUUCGGCUCACCUGAGGGAAGUAUGAACGGCCACACCCUUCCUCCUACGUCACCAUCAUUGGGCAUGAGGAGUGCGACUACUUCUUCGUUUGACGCGUUGCAUAGCGUUUCGUCUCAGGGUCAAUUGCGGAGCACCUCUUCGCACGGGUAUGAAUUUGGGUUGGGCAGUACGUCAUCGGGGACUGGGUCAUAUCAGGGACCUGCGUUGGGACUUGCGAUGAGUGCAGCCCCGAUUAGCUAUAAAAGCAGGCGCGUUACGAAAUGGAAGAAAGGGAAGCGAGAGAGUACUGGGAGCAGUACUGCUACAUCUGCAUCUGUGUGUGGGUUCGGGGAAGAGAAACCCGUCGGCGUACGAGCCUUCCUUGGUCGUCUCAGACGGGGCAACACCCCGAGCCCCAAGGCAGAUUCAUCAAGAGAACUGCCUAGGCACUCAGAGAACGAAGGAGAGGCUGAGAAGAUGGCCUUCUCGACUGUUGUCUCCCCUGCUACCCCGCCUCCCGAUUCUGUGCCAACAUCCCCGAGAUUCGUCCUUUCCAACCCCGACCCGCAGCAUUCCUCGCCGUACGCUCACGUCCCCAUUGGAGGACGUGAGGAUGGCUUGCAGCCACCUGCCUGGCCAUGGCUUACAGUGCAGGCGACUACGCUGCCUCCAUUUGGGCUUCCCUCUCCUGCGCCCACUGACGAGUCGCGCGUUUCUACGGCUGAUGGGCUUCUUGACCCCCGCCUGCGCGACCCCGUGGAAGGAAGGAGCAACGCAAGUUUACGGGAUUUCGAGGAUUACUCGCGGCCAAUUGGAGGGCUCAUGACAAACCGGAUGCACAGCACCACGACGUUUGGAACUAUUGAUACCCAGGAUAUUGACAAUGGAACAUAUACGCCAAAUCGAGAGGACGACCAGCAAGAGGAUAAUUGUGCGACAGCAACGCAGACACCCCGUGAAAGCUGGAUCAUAGAUGGUGCUGCGGAUGUCUUCCACGCGCGUUAGCACGUGC